UUCACCAAGAUUAUAUCGUUCAUAGUGGCGUGUUUUUUUUUUUGGACGAUCUCACUGGCUAAAUGUUGGUUCAUCAACGUAACUUUUCUCUCUGUGCCGGUAGCGAUUUAGGGUACGGGUCGGUAUCUGGCACCAUUUCCUCGCCGUGGACUCCGGCCAGCGCCGGGCCGCAAGCCACCGACACGAAUGGCUCCGGCUCGGACUCGAAGCACGCCCUGGAUCGGCUGGAGCGGCUCGACGUGGGCGACUGCGAUGACGACAAGGACCUCGCCGCCGCCGACGCCGAGGGCGUCUGGAGCCCCGACAUCGAGCAGAGCUUCCAGGAGGCCCUCUCCAUCUACCCGCCGUGCGGCCGCCGCAAGAUCAUCCUCUCCGACGAGGGCAAGAUGUAUGGUCGGAAUGAACUCAUAGCAAGAUAUAUCAAGUUAAGGACUGGGAAAACGAGAACGAGAAAACAAGUUAGCUCACAUAUUCAAGUAUUAGCCAGGAGAAGGCUGCGAGAACUCCAAGCAAAGCUCAAAGUCUUUUGGCAGCCCGGUCUACAGCCUGGAACAUCACAAGAUGUAAAACCUUUCGCUCAACCAGGCUACACAGGAAGCAAACCGUCAACAGCUGUUUCAGGGAGUGAUCUGCAAGCCCCGCCGCCACCCCCUUGGGAAGGACGAGCGAUAGCCACUCAUAAACUCCGACUCGUUGAGUUCACUGCCUUUAUGGAAAAUCAAAGAGACGAUGAGUAUCAAAAACACCUUUUCGUUCAUAUAAGUGGUUCACCGACAUAUUCAGAUCCAUUACUAGAGGCUGUGGAUGUUCGCCAAAUUUAUGAUAAGUUCCCAGAGAAGAAAGGAGGUUUGAAAGAACUGUAUGACAAGGGUCCACAAAGUGCUUUCUUCUUGGUUAAGUUCUGGGCUGAUCUCAACUCCAAUUUCCAGGACGAAACCGGCACCUUUUACGGAGUUACUAGCCAGUAUGAAAGUAAUGAGAAUAUGACAAUUACAUGUUCAACGAAAGUUUGCUCCUUUGGCAAGCAAGUUGUAGAGAAAGUGGAAACUGAGUAUGCACGGUUUGAAAAUGGACGUUUCUUAUACAAAAUCUUCAAAUCUCCAAUGUGUGAAUAUAUGAUUAAUUUUAUUCAUAAGCUUAAACAUCUACCUGAAAAGUAUAUGAUGAAUUCAGUGCUGGAAAACUUUACGAUAUUGCAGGUUGUAACAAAUAGAGAAACGCAAGAAACACUUUUGUGCACAGCAUAUGUUUUUGAAGUUUCAACAUCGGAGCAUGGGGCGCAGCAUCACAUCUACCGACUGGUAAAAGAUUAACGAAGCUAGUUGUCUUCAAUUUCCAACAGUGCCUAUUUCAUUCUUUAGUUAUUAAUACCAAUAAACAAUGAUGCAAAUUAAAUUGUAAGUUAAUUUUCGUAUUGUAGCCACAAACUGCUCGGCGAGUUUAGUCUGGGACUCACUACAAGCAGCCAAACUAGUUUUCUAUUUCAACAAACAAUGAAAGAAUGCAGUAGCCUUGUAUUUAUUCAGGAAAAGCUGUAGAAGUCUCACCAUCCAUUUGGAACUGAACCAUAGGUCAAGAACUUCAAAAAUAAAGGAUGAGUGUCCUGAUUUUAAAUUAUUAUUCAAUGUGAUCACCCCCUCUGUUGAGACAAUAAAAUAUGGCUUUAUGCUGAAUUAAAGACUUGACAAUCUUUGAACCUCAAGAUCUCCUAGUUUACUUUAUCACCUAAGUUCAUUUUUCGGUUUUGAAGAUUAAAACAAUUGGAGAAUACUAUUCAUUCAGGAAUUUUUGAACCGUCUCAUCAUUUUUCAGCAACUUCUUCACUUUCAAGACUUUGUAUGGUAUUACUUAUUUUUCCUUGUCGUAAACGGUGGUCUAUUUAUAGCUUUUUACUUACCUGUUCAUGCAAGUAGAUUGACUUGUCAACAUAUCUUAAAAGUCAAGCUCAGUAUUAAAUUUGUGUCCUAAGACUUCCAAACAAUUUUACUCAAUGAUUCAAAUUAAUAGAAAAUUAGGCUAAAUUCUCCUGCUGUGCCCAAAAAUUUCCACAAGUGCUUCCUGAACUUGCCAGAAAAAAUUUAUAACCAUCACUUCCCCUUCAUGAGGAAGUGAGGAAAUCAGAGGUGUCAUUCAGGGAGGGGUUAGUUUUCGCCUCUAGACCUGAAAAUUUCACCUUGUUUGAACCAAUUUGAUUAAUUCUAAUGAGUUUUUGAGAUUAAAGAUGCUAAACUCUCCUCCUCUCUCAAGCAAAGGCUCUUCCAAAAAUUCAGCGAAAACGAUGGACCUUCCUUCAGACCCUAUUCAGAGGAGAUUCUUUGUAUAAUUUGAUCAAAGAACCCAUGACCUCUACCCUUAGUUACUGGUUAUGUUCAUCAAAGCUAAUAAAAGUUAAAGCUGAACACAGUUCUCUGCUGAAACCAAAACUUUCACAGGACAGAAUAUGUAUCUACCCUCUGAAAAUUUGCUUAUGAUGAAAAUCCUGGUAUGAAUUGUAUUUCUUUUUCUUUUUCUCAAUUACUUGUUCCGUACCUAGGGAUAUUUUCAUCUCUUUGCUGAGCACAGAUGUUAACAUUUUACUCUUUAUUAGCAUUUAUUUGUGUGAUUCCCCUUCGUUUGAUUUCUUCUCAUUGAUUCAUAUCAAAAAUGUAUUGGAGAUUUAACUUUUGUUUAUUUUGUGUUACCCUUUAAUUUUGAAAAAAACUUACUCUUAAUCUUGUCCCUAAAAUAAGUUCAAAUUUUCAUCGUUUGUCUCAUCUUUACAUGUAAGUUUUUUAUUCAUUACACUCUCUGAGCAUGUCCUUGGAUGAAAGUGCAACGUACCUUCGUCCAAGUUUUGAAAUGGAUGAUCAUUUGUAUUUAUUUUUUUCUUCAGACAUGCACCAAAACUUAUUUUAAUUUGUAAAUGUACACUUGAUUGUCAGGUUAAAAAGGCCCUGUGUGUACCCUUGCACAGGUGCGGCAAACUUCGUUGUCUCUCCCGCACCAAGGAAUGGAUCCCGCUAACGCUGUUUCAGUAUUUCUUACUUACAUUUUAUUUGUCUACAGGAAAGCUGUCUCAUGAAUUUUCCUGAAAUUUCUAGUUAUUUGUUUUACUUAUAGCAGAAUAGAUUCUGGAAUUUUGAAACUAAUUCAAGCAACCCAUGAAAAAAUAAAAUGGUAGUAGAAAUACUGAAAUAUCGAGGUAAGAUACAUUCCUUUGCGCAGGAGUAUGAAGAUUUAUAUAAAUUUGGAGAUUUUACCAUUGGACAACUCUCUGCAACUUUCUAAUUUUAUCUGUGUCCAAAAAAAUUGAAAAGCUACUCAGCAGUGUGGGUAUUUCCUUCAUCUUUUCACCCGAAGAAAUGUCCUGUUCUAAGAAUUCAUUAACAAAGUGUUGUAUCCAUGAACCGUUAAGAGUCAGAUAAUAAGAAUUCCUGUCGAAAUAAAAGUAUUAUACGUAGGUUCAUUCUUCUCAGGUUUGGAAGAAGUUUUUGUUGUUCACAAUUUUUGAAGGGAUUUGAGAACACUUUUUUUCACAUAUUGGAUUAGCAAAGCUCUCUAUCAUGAAUUUUCUUCAGGAAGGUCAAAUGUCCGAGGGAUGAAAAUAGAUGUCUGCCCUUUGUUCCAACAGGACUUGCAACUUUCAAUCUUGUAGGCAUACUUCUGAAGCACUGGUAUUAAUGAGUUCCCUCUUACCAACACUACUUUCAAUUUUUAUCUAUAAAAGUGCACUCUUUUUUGAUAUUUAUUUAACCAAAUGAUCGCUGAAUCUUACCUUUAAAAGAAACUAGGAGAAUAAACACGAUUUUUGCUCGCUUAAAACCCAGGCACAUCUCUGAGAGAAUUUCCCAUCAGCAGCAUAUAUGCUCCCUCAGGAGUUGAAAAAUUUUCUGCAUCUUCAUGGGUGAUCAUCAUUUUAUUUUCUACACCGAGUAGUAAUAAUUCUAUGUCGUUUAUUACAUAUCAAAUCAAGGUCACCAACAAAUAACUUCCUCAGUUUUCUACAAGUGAAAAAUUCAGCCAGUACUCCAGUAGAAUGAGCAUGCUUGUUUAUUACCCUCCCCAAAUGAGACUCCUAGAUAUGUGUGAAGUUCUUGUUAAUUCAAUCUCCUUCAAACAUUUUGUUGCCUGCAUCAAUCUCGUAGGAUUUUAUAUCAAGUUAACCGGUGUCAUCACCCGCUUACAGACGAAGUUUUGGUGAAUGUCCAGGCUUAUUUCGCCAUGCGCAGUUUUGUGGGGAGCGUCAAUAUGAGGUUUAAAUGAUUGAUAGUGGUUCUUAAGACUUGAUCUCCUUUAAUUACAAUCAUUUUUGCUUCAUGUUGAUAUCAAUGUAUUUUUGUAACCUUUCCCCCCUUUUUUUCUUUCUUUUUCUUAUCCUUCCUCGCUCUUAAAAUGCUAGUGUCUCUAAUUUUUUGGUGUUUUUGUGCUAAUUUGAAGACUUGCUGCAUUGUGUCAGAACUGCUGAAUAUUUGAUGCGGAUUUUUAUUUUCUUUUGGGAACCUCAGCCACUUCUCCAGUUUCAUCUGCUCAGAAACAAAGCAGUUCAGAUGGUUUUCAAAGAAAAAUGAUCAAUAUUUCUUUUGUCACAAAUUUUUUAUACAUCUUCUUAUCUUAAUGCUGAUUUCAUUGCUAUCCAGCAAUGCCAAAUGUGGGAAAGUAUCCACAAAAAAUUAUCAUGCACUGUUUGUUGUUGCUUUCCAGUCACCAAUUGGUCAUUAUCAUCAAUCAAUUGUGAUUUGUUAUCUUUAACAGAACCUCUCCGAUUUUUAUGGAUCAUUUAUCAUUCUGUCGUUGGUUUUUAUUAUAAACUGAUUGUUGUGCCGUUUAUUUAUGCCAAAAUUUUGGACAGCCACGUAUUUUAAUCAAUUUUAAUGCCUCUUCAAGAUUCAUUUUGUAUUUUAAAUUGUGCUUCACUUAUUCAAUGGAAUUUUCCAGGUAGCAUAAGUCAUGAUCUCUUUGAGAGAUUGUAAUGCCUGCAUUGAGUUUUCAGUGGCAGUUUUACACUUUUUGAGAGUGGAUUUGUAGUCGAUUAGAGAACAAGGUGGUCACAGUCUGGGAAAACUAGGAUAAGUUAUGAAGAAAAAUUGGGUUUUGCCAACUGAGAAAAUUUAAGAAGAAGAGCAAAAUGACUCCCAAAGGCGGAAAAAUUUUAUCCAUGGAUGAGGCAAAAUUCUUCGAGUUUUAUAAAGCUCAAUCUUGUCCUCUACUUGAUUAUGAACAAUCAUUCUGGAUUGUCUCAGAAGUCGAGGAAUUUUCUCCACGUUUACAGGAGAAAACCUGGAGGACUUCAGGAACUCAAAUCCUGAAUUUCUGUGGCCACCUAUCGAGCAGUUUCGAGAAGAAUGAUCUUUUGCUACCUAAAAUCUCAAUUUUAUUUCACCUUUUUAUUAGUAUAUGAACGUAUACAACUUUUUUUGAGCUCUGUACUUAUUCUGUUUUUUUAACUUAAACAAACUUUUACUUUUUUAUCAUUUUAAUCAAUCUACCUACUGAACUAGCCACCUUUUAUUUCUCUCGAAAAUGAUUUUAUGCAGACACUAUUAUAGUGGAAUUUAAGAUUUUCAAGUUGAAGCAGGGAAGAAAUGGAGCUGCUGUAAGAGAUGUAUCAGAAUAACUGUGAGUGUCAUUUUCCAUUAUUUUAUGAACUGAGCAGUUCUUUCAAGUGAGCUCAUUAUCACCAUGAGUGUGGAUGAUUCAUGGUGAGAAGCGCUGUUGCAUGUAAAUGGCAUCAAUUGGCAAAGCAAGGAUUAAAUUGUGGCUGUCCGAUAUUAACUCAUUUCAACUCAUUCUCAUCCUGCAACGCACAUUUUUACCUUAUGAUACUUUAUCUUAUAUUUCAGAUCAAAGUUUAGUACUUAAAGGAACAUUUAAAAUCAUUGUGAACUUCCUUUUACUUUAAUUUAUCAUAUCUUCUAUGAAGGUGAUUUUGAGUUUUUUUCAACUAGUAUCUCAGUUGUAAAAAUUUUACAAAAAGAAAUUAUAUAGUAUUUAAAAGAAUUAUUUGUACAUAUUCAGAGAGAUUUAUAUUUUAAUUUUUAUCAAAACCACUUCAGAUUCUCAUUUAUUUGAUUUUAUUGUACAUAAAUAUUUAUUUAUUUACUUGUUUGUGCGUUGCGUACUCUAAUUUGUCGACAAUAUACUGAAGUAAUCGUCUUGACCUCAUCAAAGUUUCAUGUAUACCCUUUUUUAAACAGAGCUAGCAAUUUGCAUACAACUAGAAUUCUAAGGGAAGAAACUUGCAAAAGGAGAGUUACAACAAUGAUACCUACCACUUGUCAUUGAUAUAUUUAUCAUUAAAGACAAGGAAAACAGUUACGUAUGGCAAUUAAUAAUUCUUUCUUUUAGGUCUUUUGUCUCAACUAACUAAUUUAGUACUAGACGAAAAUUUGAUGAUGUCAGGACAGUGCAGUCCAGUUAAUUUAGAUCGUGUCUUGGAAGAGGAGUGUGACUGAAGGGUAUGAGAGGACAAGUUUUGCAAAAACUUUUUUUCUGGUAUCAGUCUGAGUUGAAGUAUAAAUACUGGAAAACUGCUCCAUUUCUUGUGAGUCCGAGCAUGUCACACCCCUCUACAAAUGCUAAAUAUUGUAAUAUAAUCCGCAGAAUUUUCAGAAGCCACCUUUGUUUUAUAUUUAAUUCAUUCUUAUAUUCUGGGAAGUGAGGAAGUUUUAAAUCUGUUUUAUUUAUUUUAAUUUUUAUGUAUUGAAACAACGUACACCAUGUAGGUAACUAGAUCAUCUACAUUGUGUGCACAUGUUUUAAUUUUGAGUUGUAUUUUUUAUUUUGUAAUAAAUGUAAGUUUAUCAUGAAUAUA